AAAAAGUGUCAAUCUCGGUGUGUCAAAUUUAUGGAACAAUAAAACUCCAUAAUAAUUUAAACAUGCGCACAGGUUUUCACUUAUUUAUAUUUUUCUUUUUUGUUGCUUUCCCCACGUUUCUCUCUCUCUCUUUGUUAAUCAACAAUCUUGAAUAAACGCAACUAAUGAGCUCAAUGAACGAAACUGGAGCUAGUACACCACCUGCUUUACCAGACCGUUCGAGAUCUGUAGGUGAACUCACCGUCAAUAAACAGCCUAUUCAAAAGAGUCAUACUGCUCCUUCCACUGGCGACUCAAGCAUGGACGAACACUACUCACACCUUCAUAAACACGUUAAAGAAGUACGAAGACGCAAAAAAACCGACCUGUCUUCUCCCAAACUAUCUGAAUUUCAAGAGAAGAAGGGCGAUACUGUUAUAUCUACCAAGUGGGUCGAAUUUUUAGAGGCUUGGAUUAAGUACUUUGUGGCCUCUGCUGCAUACGAUAAAAUUGAUCGUCCUUUAGAACCUCUCUCGUUAAACCAAGUUAAGCACGAUUUAGAUAGACUUUACCCGAUGGUAGCUCCAUUCAUUGGGCCUGCAAAAAAAAUUAGGUCGGUUUAUCGCUGGGAAAAUAAACCUCUGACAGCCGGUCUAGCCAGUUUGUAUGUGAUAUUAUGGUGGUACGACCUGAUUUUAGCAUUUGUGUGUACAUGGUUAGCCAUCGGCAUUGCUUGGGUUCGCCUAGAUACGUUUGCUCAAUAUGGUAUCGAUGCAUUGGAAGAGCAACCUGAAACAGACGCCACUGUCAAGUCAUGGGAUAGAGGAUUUUGGAUGAAGAUGAGAACAACUGUGGCUAAAAAUUCGCAAUAUAAACCAUUUGAUUUGUUUAACGACCUGAAUAUUUCGGAGUGGCGCAACAGUAUUUAUACGGAAUAUGGCCCUACUAUUCAGCUUGUCUUGUCUGAUACAGUCGAUUACCUCGAGCGCAUUAAAAAUCUCGUCACCUGGAAAAGACCCGCCAAGACACGAUUCCUACUAAUCAUGGUAAUCGGUUCAUCAUUCUUCCUAACCAUUCUGCCGUUCAAACUAAUUGGUAAAAUGGUCUUUCUCCAUAUCGGUAUUGAAUUCUUUGUUUUGCAAGCACUUCGUUCAUAUUAUCCUAGACAUCGUCGACUUUUUAAUAUCUUGAACUUGUUAUUAUGGGAUGUACCUAAUGACGCUGAAUAUGCUUUAGAAGUUGUACGAUUAAACGGUCCAUUAAGAAAGCCAAAGACAGAAACAACAACACAAGGCCCACCAAGACCAACACCUCAAAAGUUUUCUGUAUCUAUGUCUGAUAUUCCCACUAGUUCGGUAACAACAGUUGACAAAGGGUACAAGACACCCGAAAAAAGUUCAAGUGGAAUUCAAGAUGCUGCAACCUCUGCUGCUACCACACUAGGCAUGCUCGUAGCUGCUGCUGCAGUCAACAAAGUUAAGAAGACCAUCGAUAACAAGAAAAAAAAGAAGCUAGAAAUCCAAAAUGAAAUUCCUGCGGAUGAAGAUAACGAUGCAUUUGGAUGUUUAUACCGAGGCACAAUUCCUGGACGUAUUGGAAUCCAGGAGAAUGGCUUUAUUUUUCAGACGUCACGCAUGACAGGCAGUAAUGUUAUUGUUGAAUGUGCGUACACAGAUAUUGUUGGUGUGAAAAAGACAAAGCAAUAUGAUAUGCUUGUAUGGCAUUCGAAUGGCGUUGAUAUUUCGCUAGCCGAUGGGACCACGCUUCAUUUUGAAAAUGUUCUUCGUAGAGAUGAGUGUUUUAAUCGUUUGCUUUCUGCUUCCGGGGAUGAGGGCGGGGAAUGGAAGAAAAUGUAAAUUUAUGUAUAAUAAACGUAACCUCACUUCAAUAUUUGUAUUAUAUAAAUCAUCGGCAUGCUUUCUAUUUCAUAAAAUUCUGUUUAUUCCCCCCCCCCCCCUUGUAUUUGAUCCAUUACAUGGACCCGCCAGUUGAUUACUAAGACUGAUCUGCAUCUAUACAAUUAAUAUAAUAUGCUUCAUGUAUCUCUUUUAUAUAGUGCAUCUCAUAGUAAUAUUUGGAUAUAUAGUGUUGCUGCUGGAUUAAAACCUUCUAUAAUUUCCUGAAUUAUAUAUAUUAAAAUACACCACAGGUGAACUUUAUCCAAGGGAAGUUUACCUACAUCACAUAAUAAAUGCUUAAUUUAGCAAAUGGUCGUAGCACAGUAGUGAAGGCAUUUUACUUAAACCAAUAAACUGUAAGCGUGACUGUCUUAAAGUUUUUU